AUGACGUUGCCAGCAAUCGCACAAUUGAAGUACGCUACCGUUUGGCUUGCUCUGGCUUCCCUUUGCUGCUACGGGAGACGCGCCAACGCGGUCGCCUUAGGGCGGAACAACCAGACGACUUACAUCCUGCCGACUAAAAUCAUCCAAGAGUUCCCACCAGACACCUGGAUCGAGAAUAUCGCUGUCCGCCAAAAUGGCCAGAUACUGGUCACCGAAACAACGCAGCCUCGUAUAUAUCAAAUCGAUCCUUUCGGCAUUCAACAACUGGUCGUUGUCCACGAGUUCAACGAGACUGCAUCAGUGACCGGCAUUGUGGAGGCAGAGCCAGAUUUAUUCUAUGUGUCAACUGCAAAUUUAUCAAGCAACUUCGACGUCAGCUACGGCCAAGCAUACAUUUACAGAAUCGAUAUGCGUACUUUCACAUACGAAGAUCCAGCAUCAACCGAAGUCACUCGAAUAGCGUCUAUUGUGGAAGCUGGAGCACUCAACGGAUUGGCAUAUUUGGGGAACGGCACGGACACGCUGGUCUCUGCCGAUACCCUCAAAGGGGUCAUAUGGAGUGUAGAUACAAGCACCGGACAAGCCUCUGUCGCAAUAAACAACACAUACACACAGCCUCAAGGUCAAGCCGUGAAUGGCCUGAAAGUACGAGGCAAAGAUCUCUACUUCACAAACUUGGUCCAGAAACUCCUCGCCAAAGUCCCAGUCGACUCGAAAGGUCGGGCUACUGGGCCAACGGCUAUUCUGGCGAAUAGUACAUUUCAGCCCGAUGAUUUUGCAUUGGAUCUGAACGGCGAUGCGUACGUGGCGAGUCCUCUUACGCAUCAGAAUGCUGUGGUCUUUGUGCCACGGGAAGGAGGAGCAGCAGUACCUAUAGCGACUACGGCAGGGCCGACUUCUUGUGCAUUUGGUCGCACGGUUCAAGAUUGUCAUAUCUUGUACGUUAGUACCAGCCGGGGCGAUGAGGCAUACAUGGAAGGUCGUGCAGAUGUUGUCUCUGGGAAGGUCGUCAAGAUUGAGGUUGGUCGUCAGGGUAUGCAUGGAUGCAGUAGGGAUGGUCAGUGA